AGGAAUUCUGGGCAGGAGAAGACUUCCAGGGUGGCCCACUUGACCGCUGUGGGCUUCACUAGACUUGAUCGACGGUCCUGAUUGCGCGGUGUACUGAUACACUGUACAAUAAGAUACACAGGAUUGAAGGGCAAUGUCGUGAAAUGGUCGUCAUCUCCUUCACCUCUGGUUACAGAGCAACAUUGACUCCUGAUCAAUUAAACCCUUUCUUUUCUUGGAAGAGUACUCAAAGCCAGUCAAGUUUCGAAAUAAAAAUCUUCAAAUUCGAGAGAGAGAGAGAGAGAGAGAGAGAGAGAGAGAGAGAGAGAGAGAGAGAGAGAAGGAGGUAGGGAAGGAGGAAGAGAAUGGGAAGAGCUUUUGUGUAUGUGAUUCUUGGAGGAGGAGUAGCUGCAGGCUAUGCAGCUCUUGAAUUCACAAAGAGAGGGAUAUCUCGUGGGGAACUCUGCAUAAUCUCUGAAGAAUCAGUUGUGCCUUAUGAGAGACCUGCAUUAAGCAAAGGUUUUUUGCUUCCAGAAGCUCCUGCACGCCUUCCAUCAUUUCACACUUGCGUAGGUGCUAAUGAGGAAAGAUUAACUCCAAAAUGGUACAAGGAACAUGGUAUUGAACUGGUUCUUGGAACUCGAGUUAUGUCAGCUGAUGUGAGGCGGAAAACACUAUUAACAGCAACUGGAGAGACUAUAAGUUACGAGAUUCUCAUCGUUGCAACAGGUGCUCGGGCUUUGAAGCUUGAAGAAUUUGGAGCAAGAGGAUCAAAUGCUGAGAAUGUGUGUUAUUUACGUGAUGUAGCUGAUGCAACCAGACUUGUUAGUGUGAUGCAGGCUUGUAGUGGUGGGAAUGCUGUUGUCAUUGGUGGUGGCUACAUAGGAAUGGAAUGUGCUGCAUCUCUGGUUACAAAUAGAAUAAAUGUAACUAUGGUAUUCCCCGAAGCACAUUGCAUGGCUCGAUUAUUUACGCCCCAGAUUGCAAGUUAUUAUGAAGAGUAUUACAAGUCAAAAGGAGUAAAGUUCAUUAAAGGGACUGUUUUGUCGUCAUUCGAUAUCGACUCCAGUGGGAAGGUUACAGCUGUUAAUCUCAAGGAUGGGAAUCAACUACCCGCAGACAUGAUUGUGGUUGGAAUUGGAAUACGGCCAAAUACAAGCCUGUUUGAAGGCCAACUUACUUUGGAGAAGGGUGGGAUCAAGGUGAAUGGACUGUUGCAGUCAAGCAACAGUUCAGUUUAUGCUGUCGGAGAUGUGGCAGCAUUUCCUGUCAAACUGUUUGGGGAAAACCGCAGGCAUGAGCAUGUUGAUGCAGCCCGAAAGUCUGCAAGGCAUGCUGUCGCAGCUAUAAUGGAAUCAAACAAAACAGGUGAGUUUGACUAUCUGCCGUUCUUUUACUCCCGAAUGUUCACAUUGUCUUGGCAGUUCUACGGUGACAAUGUAGGAGAAGUUGUUCACUACGGGGAUUUCUCGGGAAAUACUUUUGGAGCUUACUGGGUAAGUAAGCGGCAGCUUGUUGGGGCUUUCCUCGAGGGUGGUAGCAAAGAGGAGUAUGAGGCUAUAGCCAAGGCCACCAGGCUGAGGCCAAUGAUCGAAGACUUGACUGAGCUUGAGAGGCAGGGAGUAUGUUUUGCUUUGGCAGUCAGUCAAAAACCACCACCUUCACCACACCUUGAGGUUGGUGGUUCUGGCAUUCUUUUGGAGAGACCAAUAUAUGUUUGGCAUGCAACCGCAGGUGUUAUUUUCUCUGCAUCGGUGGCUGCAUUUGCAUAUUGGUACGGGAGAAGGCGCCGAAGGUGGUGAAGGAGCUUUCCCGGCGCUGCGGUUCUGUAAACUCAUGUUGUAGCAUGGGUGGGGUAAGGUGAUUACCACCAGAUAAAUGAGUUGGAGUGUUACUGAUAACAAACCCGCAAAAGAACAAACUGUUAUUGGCUGUAAAAUUGUAUCAUCAUUAUGAUAUUGUAGAAAAUUCUCAUUUCUGUGUUACUUCUACCUUGUUUCUGAGUAAUGUAUGUCUGUACAUUGUGCAAA